AUGGAUAAUGGUACAGAAAUUGGUACUAGCAACUUCACCCUAACUGACUUUAACACAGGUAGUGUAAAAGUACUCUUGCCAGGAAGUUUUGAAAGACAACUAACCUUGUAUACUUGUGAAGAUACUGAUCCUGAGGAUACUAAUCUUGAAGCUAAUCUCUAUUUGCACUCAAUAUAUAACUGUGAAAUGCCCAGUGAGAAUGUGUCAUCAGAGUGCAGUUACCAAGAAGUUAUUCUUCAUUACCUUUUUACAAGCUGCUAUUAUCUGUACAAUAAUAACAAUGUCAGUGUAGCUUAUGGUUGUGUUCAGACAAACUAUACAGAUGAAGCACUGAAAAAAGACUGUAGUAACAAAGCGGAAGCUGUUUUAGUCCAAGAGAAAUACACUCUCAUUUCUCUCAACAUCACACCGUUUCUACAUAACAGUGUAUUAAAGUUCUUUGUGGAUGAUACAAACUGUACGAGGGCACCAAACAAUGAUGACUUUUGGUGGAGCGUAGAGAUAAAAGAAGAUCAGAAUGAUGAUGUCAUCACAGAGAAGAAUGAAACUCAAAACAGAACUGUUGACUGUGCUAUUGCUCUGAAUGAAGAAGUUGGCAUACGUCAGUUACGUUGUGAAGUUAACCGGACAGACAUAUCAUGCAUAAUGGUCAUGAGACAGAAGAGUAACAAUCCCAUUAAUGAUGGGUACUGUAACCAACAAAAUGUUACCUACGCAGCAAUAGGUGCCCACAAGGGAAAGGGGGAAGGGUGGGGGAGGCGGCAGGCAAGAGGACACACUUGCCCCUCUUGCAAUCUGGGUACAACUCCUCCCAUGAAACAGCAGCAGAAGUGA